AUGGUGAAUGAUGCCACCUCUAUUGUGCUUUUCAAUGCAGUCCAAUCACUUGAUGUCAGCAACAUCGAUCUGCUUACAGCGUUAAAAUUGUUGAGGACCUUCCUUUACCUCUUCUUCACCAGUACUGCUCUUGGAAUAGCAAUGGUUCACUGGCACUCCACAGACCAUGAAGUUGCACUCAUGAUGCUUAUGGCUUAUUUGUCAGACAUGUUGACUGAGCUUUUAAAUCUAAGAGGGAUUUUGACAAUAUUCUUAUGUGUCAUUGUCAUGUCUCACUACACAUGGCAUAAUGUUACAGAAAGCUCACGAGUUACAACCAAGCAUGCAUUUGCAACAAUAUCCUUCAUUGCAGAGACUUUUAUAUUCCUAUACGUUGGCAUAGAUGCCUUAGACAUUGAUAAAUGGAAAAGCAGCAAAGCAAGCCCAGGAACGUCCAUUGCUGUGAGUUCAACAUUGUUUGCAUUAGUGUUGGUUGGAAGAGCAGCAUUUGUGUUCCCUAUUGCCAAUAUUACAAAUUGCAUAAAGAAAAGACCAAGUACGGAAAUUGAGCUACGGAAACAAGUGAUAAUUUCAGACAUCUUCAGCACUUAG